AUGAAGCACCCCGCAAUAGCUUCUCAUGCUGAAAUAGAAAAUAUUACAUUUAUCACAGAAAAAAGAAAGUUCCGAUACAAAAGCCGCAUUGUCACUGCGCUGCAGAUAGGCGCGUUUCUUUUGUUUGCCGUUAGCAUUGUAAAUAUCGCAUACGAUAUGCUCAUGUCUUCGGAGAAAUUCGACCUCAGAUAUUCGAUUAUGCGGACAUUCCCCCACAAAACAUACAGCCGGGUGCAGGGAUAUCUGUGCAAAAUACCGUUUCCAUGGCCACUUAAUCUGUGUUUUGUUGGAGCGGCGAAGAACCUGCUGGGGAUUGACCUGAAAGACGCAAAGAAAAAACGCCUCUCCGACUACAGGUCCAUAGGCGAGCUUUUUACAAGAGAGCUGGACAAGGGGGCAAGGCCAAUAGGGCCCGGCCUAACUUCCCCUGUUGAUGGCACUAUUGUUUAUGCAGGAAGCGCAGUGGAGGGAGUCUCUUGCCCAAUAAAAGGGAUAAACUACAACAUAGAAGAGCUUCUUCUGGACAAGGGCGUUCUUGGCCGAGUAGGCCCUGAGAACACCCUCCAGCAAAUGGUGAUAUACCUGUCACCAAAAGACUAUCAUCGUUUCCACAACUACACAGACUUUGUGCUGGAGAAAGUGCUCCAUGUUCCUUCCUUUUUAUUUUCUGUCGGAAGGCUUCCCAUGGAGUUCUUCCCUGGGCUUCUCUCCAAGAACGAGCGAAUUGUUUUCGAAGGGAAAUGCAGACACGGCGCAUGCUAUAUGGUUGCGGUGGGGAGUGUUGGUGUGGGAAGCAUACACGCAGAGGCGGUGAAAAUAUCCACGAACCAACUUCCUGGCCUAUACACAGCGCCUUCCGUGAUGUUUUCUGGCAAGGUCCAGUACAAGAAAGGCAGCGAGCUGGGCCAUUUCAGCCUAGGCUCGACUGUUGUGCUUGUUUUUGAAGCCCCCAGGGCCUUUGCUUGGGACCGAACGGAGGGGGGAGUUCGGAUGGGAGAGACUAUUGGGCACUGGAAGAGCCCUUCCUCCACCAAGGGUGCAAAGUAG